AAUUUAUAAUCAUCCAUGGAUCAUUACAGCCUAGUACUUAUAGCUGCCUCAUCAUCUCUUUUUCUCUAAAACAUUGGAUGGCUGUAUCUUUUUUAGGCUAUUAUCUAGUCCUAUACGCAUACUAUCGAUAUCCGACUGAGAAAUAACGAUGUAACGCUUGAACUAGGUACUAGGUAAUAAAAUAUAUACCUCGACUUCCAAUGCUCUUUCUAUAUGUCGCUUCGGCCCCUGGGACCAAAAACCUUAUUACACAUGUAGUUGAAGAAUAGAGAACAACAUUGCCAAGCUAAAAGAACGGCUGUUUAUCUUAUUUUGAUCGAAAACGCUUAGUGUUAUGUGUACGGCGAUAUGUAACGGGCGACCGUUCAACUCAAGCAAUAUUAUUUCUAUCGUCUAGGUACCAGGACAUUAUUUACAACGCGUGUUAAUCCAUUUUCAAGCCUCAAUUAUUAUAGAAAAAUCAUGUCUUCAUCGAAGUGUAAAGGUUUAGAUGCCACGCCCUUUACCACAGGUACUGGACAAACGCCAAUGCCAAAAAUGAUAUAUGGGACAGCCUGGAAGCAAUACAAAACGGCUCGCUAUGUGUAUUUAGCUUUGAAAGCCGGGUUCCGAGGAAUCGAUACUGCUGCUCAACCCCGACAUUACAAGGAGUCCCUCGUUGGAAGGGCUGUGAAAAGGGCAAUACGAGAUGGCAUCGUAAAACGGAGCGAUCUAUUUAUACAAACGAAGUUCACUCCUAUCGAUAGCCAGGAUCUCUUAGAUCUCCCUUACGAUCCGCUGGCGCCGUUGGCGGAGCAAGUCCACUCCUCUAUAGCUUCUUCGCUUCGGAACUUCGACUGUCUAGAUCGCGAGAAACCAUACAUCGAUUGCUUAAUUCUACACACACCCCUUGACACAUUUGAAGACACACUCACGGUCUGGAAGACACUGGAGACGUAUGUGCCACAUACGAUUAGGUCAUUAGGAAUAUCUAAUACACCUCUUCGAUACGUGAAGCAGCUUUGCGAAUCGCCUGAGAUCACCGUCCUCCCGGCUUGCGUACAAAAUCGAUUUUAUGUGGAGAAUUGCUGGGAGAGAGAGAUGAGAGCGUAUCUACGUGGAAAGAAAAUUCCUUUCCAGGCAUUCUGGGUUCUAUCUGGAAACCCACGUCUCCGAGAGUUUCCGCCUUUAAAAACAAUCACUACUUGUGCUGGUACUGAACGGCCCAUCGCGUUGUAUGCGCUCGUACUCGGCCUCGGAGGUACUGCAGUUCUGGAUGGGACUAAAGACGAAGCGCACAUGAAAGAAGAUAUUGAGGGCCUUCAAGCUGUAGAGGAUUGGUCACGUACCGAAAAAGGCCAUGCGAUCUGGGUGCAGUGCUUAGAGCAGUUCAAGGAAUUCAUUGGGGAAUUUCACCAUGUAGACAUGGGGGAUGUUCAAUAUGUAGAAAAGAAUUCGGAAUCCAUAGCGAUUACUAGAUAGGCCUCCUUUCGGUUCAUAGGUCGGGUGACGGGUGGUAUAAGGUCGGCGGCACGGGUUUAGAGGCUGAGACCGCGAAAUAGCGUUAACUGAUAGUACUGAUAAUUGGAAUCUCUAUUGCCUACUAGUAGGUAGUAGGUACUAGGUA